UGGGGGAUGACCCUAACUUAGGCUUGUCUCUAUCCUGCCAGAGUGGGAUGGAUGGACUAAGAAUGGAUCCUGCUGAUGCCAAUAUAGGAUAGGCCCUGUAUGACAAGUGAUAAGGUUACCUCUUUUGACGGACAGUGAUGCACACAUCACAGUCGCGUCCUCCGUCUCUCCCCAUGUGAAUCAACUCCAGCUUCGUCGACGGAAGAGAACCGUAUAACCCUAUCAUUGUAGCAGCAUAUCUGACAGCCUCAUGCUCGUUCCUCCGCACCAUGACAUCACUCAGUGCCCUCGACAGUCCUGACUUCUAUACGAUCGCCUGGAUCGCGGCUCUUCCCAUCGAGCGUGCCGCUGCGGUAGCGAUGCUCGACGAGGAACAUGCAGCUCCAACCGGCUUCACUCGACACCAAAGCGACGCGAACGUUUAUACGUGGGGCUAUGUGGGAGAGCACAACAUCGUCGUUGCCUCUCUGGCUGCUGGGGACUACGGAACCACUUCUGCUGCGACAGCGACCUCAAGCCUGCUUGCCUCUCUACCAUCCAUCCGCGUUGGACUUUUAGUGGGCAUAGGCGGCGGCAUCGCUCGACCGGAUGAGGGCCACGAUAUUCGGCUCGGUGACGUUGUCGUGAGCCAGCCUGGUGGGACCACGGGCGGGGUCUGCCAGUACGACUUAUUUAAGGCAAAGUCGGGUGACAAGCGUGAGCGAAAAGGCUUCCUCGGACGACCUCCAACGGUCCUCCUCAAUGCGCUUGCUAGCAUCCAGGCCGAUCACGAGCGGAAAGACUCUAAGGUUCCAUGCUUUCUUCAACAGAUGCUACAGAAGAACCCGAAGAUGGGCAAGAGAUCUAAGCAAAGUCCUGGUUAUACUCACCAGGGCUUUGAAAACGACCGUCUGUUUAUAGCUUCAUGCGACCACGUCCUUGGACCGGACUGUCGGGGCUGUGACCCGGCUGAUGAGGUUCAACGCGAACCUCGAGACAAUACCGACCCCGAUAUCCACUACGGGACCAUCGCAUCCGGUAACACACUCGUCAAAGACGCCGCUACGCGCGAUCGAAUUGUUGCCCAACUUGGCGAGGAUUGUAUUUGCUUUGAGAUGGAAGCGGCCGGCCUAAUGAACCACUUUCCGUGUCUUGUGAUCCGAGGGAUCUGCGACUACGCCGAUUCUCACAAGAACGAUCGAUGGCAACGCUACGCCUCGGCGACCGCCGCUGCGUUUGCCAAGGAGCUUAUGGCGUACGUGCCGGUCGCAGAGAUCCAAGAGACCAAGAGGGCACUGGAACUAGGUUAGUUGUUUCUCGUUCAUUAGCUAGUUCAGGAACAGAUUGAUUGUGUGCGGCAGAUGACAGCUGCAACGAAAGUUGCCACUGAUUCUAUAAGGUCUGACCUUCAUACCGAUAAGAUCAGGCGCUGGCUUUGUCCCCCGGAUCCGUCUACAAACGCCAACCAAGCGAGGAAGCUCCGCUAUGAGGGGACAGGCGCGUGGCUUCUCGAAAACCCCGUCUUCUAGUCGUGGCACUCGGGGUCGCGUCGACAUUUAUGGCUACAUAGGCUCGCGGGAUGUGGAAAGACGGUUCUCAGUGCGACUGUGCUUGAUUAUCUCGCGAAGGGAAACGACGCUCUUAUCCUCAGCUUUUUCUUCGACUUUAGCGACACUAUAAAGCAGACUUUUGAUGGCAUGCUGCGGUCGCUUGCUUUCCAACUUUACCAAGGCGGGGCUGACUCAGAGAGGUAUCUUAAUGCUUUAUUUUAAGCACACCAGAAUGGUAGCGACCAACCUGCGACAAAGGCGCUCUCGGAUAUUAUAUUUAAGAUUCUGGUAGUCCAGAGGAAGGUCUUUAUCGUUCUGGACGCAUUGGAUAAAUCCAAAAAUAGGGAGGAUGUUCUCCUGUUGAUUAAGGAAGUGGUGUCUAGGCUAGAGUUAGCCCGUGUCCAGCUAUUUUGUACCAGUCGACCUGAAUCCGAGUUUCUGCGCUACGUUCCCCCUUUAAUAGGAAAGCAAAAUUGCCUACCACUUAAUAAGUAGGCUGUUGACUCUGAUAUCCGAUCGUGGGUUAUAGCACAGCUUUCUCAACGGCGUGAUUUUACAGAGAAG